UUCCCUCCAGCUUGUCAACCCCACCACAUUAUGCAGAUUGCUGUCAAAAUGAGUGAAACACCUUCAACUAGUCACUCGGUGAAUCAGCCUAACUCCUCUGAGAGUGAACAGAGUUUAAUCAUGCGCCAUUUCAAUGUUACUGAACCUGUUGUGGCAAAACGGAUCUGUUUCUAUAAAAGUGGAGAUCCUCAGUUUAAUGGAAUCAACAUGGUGAUUAACAACCGAUCUUACAAAACAUUUGAUGCCUUGCUGGAUAGUUUAUCCAAACGGGUUCCGUUACCUUUUGGAGUAAGGAAUAUUAGUACACCAAAAGGGAGACAUAGCAUCACCAAUUUGGAGGAUCUUGAAGAUGGAAAAUCUUAUAUUUGCUCCCAUCAGAGGAAAAUGAAGCCCAUCAACCUGGAACAGGCUAGCAAAAAACCACUUCCCUGGCAGAUCAGCAGGCCUGUCAGCGCUCAUGGAUUUGGCCAUCGAGAAAGUAAAAUAACAACUCCCAAAAAGAUGCUUGUUUUCAAAAAUGGAGAUGUAAGACUCAGGCGCACCAUAGUUUUGGGAAAGAAAAAUACACAAACCUUUGAGGCCUUUCUGGAUUAUAUGAGUGAGUUAAUGCAAUAUCCAGUCGUGAAACUGUAUACCACUGACGGGAGAAAGGUUCCUAAUCUUCAGGCUCUGAUAUUGUGCUCUGGAGCUGUAGUCGCAGCGGGGAGAGAGCCUUUUAAACCAAGCAAUUAUGAUUCUCUUGGGUAUUCACGGCCUGCUAAAUUGCUUGGAAUUGCAAAUCGUGUGUACCCAAAAGCAAAUGUCAAGUCAGAAAGUGAAAAUAGUAAGAAAUGGAAGGUGUCAGUCCUCACCAGCAAUAUGCCAUCUGCAGGAACAAGCUCAAAGGUUUAUAUUACAUUGUAUGGGGAUCGCAGCAGUUCAGGGCCCAUUUUUCUUGAUGGAGAGGAGGGAAAAUUAUUUCAGAGAGGCAAUGAAGACAUCUUCACAGUAACUAUAGGAAACAUAGGACAUCUCUACAAAAUACGCAUAGGGCAUACAAAUACAGGAAAUUCCCCAGCCUGGCACUGUGAAGAGGUGCAGUUGCUGAACCUUUUCUCAGGGGAGCGGUUUUCUUUCCCUGCACAUCGAUGGCUGGCUGAUGGGGAAAUAUCUAUGGAGCUUCCUGUUUUACAGCAGGGUCAGCCUAUUCUUCCAGUGACUGUCUAUGAAGUGCAUGUGACAACAGGACAACUGUGGAAUGCUGGAACCGAGGCUGAUGUUUAUAUUUCUGCCUAUGGAGAAAGAGGCGAUACAGGAUCAAGACAGCUGCUCAGGUCACAGAAAUCCAAGAAAUUUUUAAAAGGACAAACUGACAUCUUUGCUGUUGAAGCUGUGCACCUAGGACAUUUGUACAAGAUUGUUAUAGGACACAAUGGUCUUGGAUCAGGAAAUGGCUGGUUUCUGGACAAAGUUGUAAUCAAGGAUCCUAUAACAGAUUUGGAUUAUACUUUCCUUUGUCACAGGUGGCUGGACCAAGGGCAGGAUGAUGGCAAUAUUGUUAGAGAACUGUUUGUGACAGAUGCCAGCACAUUUCCAGGAAGACAAGAGCUGGAACUUAAGAGAGAAGAAACUUGGGCUGCCGAAAAGUGGAAAUUUCAGAAAGGCAAUACACUUCAGUUUUACAACAGGCUUACCCGUGGCUUCAUUUGCCUCAGUCCAGAUAGCAGCGUUGAUGCUCUUGGUGACAAGAAAAACAAAUAUGGCCUUUUUGAUGUAAAUGUCAAAAGGAGAAAUAUAUGUAUAUUCAGCAGUCAUCAGAUGCCACGUCUUGCUCUUGCUCUUGUCAAUGGCCUUGUAAUUGGAAAGAGCAAAGACAAAGCAUGCUGUGAGCUCUGUGUUCACCUUCAACCAAAUGGUUGUGCCAUUCUUGAAUCAGCCAGGAGCCCAGGUCACACCGUCACUUUCAAUCUUCAUGGCAAAGUAGCUGAUGAAACAACAGGAUAUGCUGGACUUUCCAAAGAAUUUGUUGUGCAUGUCAAGGGUGUGUUUCACCAUGGUGCCAUCAUUCUGCUCAACACAAGCCUCUGCCAGGCUCUGUCCCUUAGACCUGAUGGUAGCUGCAGUGGAGCAGGUCUGCAGCAGUCAGAAUCCUACUGGAAGGUGCAUAAAAUUGGCUCUGGACUCUGCAUGUUUGAAAGUGUGAGAAACCCAAGGAUGUAUCUGAAGAUCAAAGAUGACCAGUGUAAUGGAACAGGCACAGGUGAUGAAUACUGUCACUUUAGAAUUGAGAAGAAUUUGGAAACUGGAUCUGUAAGUCUAGAAUCAGUGCAACAUAAAGGGAUAUAUGUUGGUCUCCUGCCAGAUGGCCAGACUAAGCCAGUCAUUGACACUGGAGAGAGGAACAUUUUUUUCUACCCACAGGUCAUCAAAUUUGGCCGGGAAAAGCCUAUGGGAACAUCUGCAGCACCCAAUCAAGAGGAAAAAGACUUCAGUGAAUCUCAGCUCCAACCAGCGAAAGCCCAGAAGCCAGUAUCUCAAAGCCCUUUAACUUUUCCACCCUCAAAGGAAAUGCGAAAUCCCCAAGGUGGUGAGUGUCCCCUUCCUUCAGAUGAUGAAUGGAAAGUGUCAGUGCUGACAGGAAAUGUAGGAACAGAAGCAAAUGUCGUUCUCUGGAUAUAUGGAGACAGAGGAGUAGCUGGACCAAUAACUCUUGGCAAGGACAACAGAAAGCAGCUGUUUCUUCCCAGGCAGGAAGAUGAAUUUCAGGUCAAAAUAAAAACCAUUGGCAAUAUCUACAAGAUAAGAAUUGAACUUGACGGAUUACAGAAUGAGCAAUCAGAGUGGAAUUUACAAAGGGUGACACUGCAACAUCUAAAGAGCAAAAGAACACUGAAUUUUCCAACAAACACCUGGUUGUCAAAGAAUCGUGAUGAUAGAGAAUUGCUUUGUGAACUUCCAGUAGUGAAAGCUGGGAAGCCUGUCUAUCCAAUUGUCGUAUACCAUGUUUAUGUCUAUACUGGGGACUUUGAGCAAACUGAUACAGAUUAUGCAGUUUACCUGUGCAUCUAUGGAAAAAGAGGAGAUUCUGGUCUGAGACUUCUACAUAAAACUGGUAUACCAGUCACUUUUCAGAGAGGAAUGGUCAAUGCUUUUGAAGUGGAAGCUGUAUCUCUUGGAAAACUGCAGAAGGUGCUGUUGCGCUGUGAGGCUAAUGCGAAGUCCCAGUAUUGGUACUGUGAUAAAGUCAUUGUUAGAGAAGCUAAGAACGACUCGGAAUAUGUUUUCAAUUGUGCAAGAUGGCUUCCAUUUAUGUCCCAAGGUGUGAUUCAUUCAGAAAUUGAGCUGUACCCUCAAGAAUUUCAACUAAAUCAACAGCUGAAAAUGCAAGAAGAAGCAAAUGAAGGAGACUGGAAGAUUACUGUAGUCACUGGGGAUUUUGAAACAGCUGGCACAACAGCCACAGUAUCCCUUUACGCUUAUGGAGAAAAGAAAGCUUCUGGUCCUAUUAUAUUGGGAUCUGGGAAACACCAGCUGUUUAAUCCCAGCAGUGAAGAUAUAUUUAAGAUUAAUCUCAGAGGUCUUGGGCAACUGUAUAAAAUCCGCAUUGGCCACGACAAUACUGGAAAUGAUCCUGGUUGGUACCUGGACGAAGUCAUACUUAAAAGAGUAGGCCCUCUUGCUGAUGAAGAGAUAUGUCUCCCCAUAGGGUGCUGGCUUGCAGAAGACAAGGGUGAAGGUGAUACGUGGAAAGAAGUGGCAAUAAGAAACCCUGCAAAAGGGCUUUUGCCAGUGUUGAUAUAUGAGGUCCAUGUAUACACGGGUGCUAAACCUGGUGCUGAAAUGGAUUCUAAUGUUUAUAUCAACCUCAUUGGAACAAGAGGAGAUGCUGGCAAAAGGAAGCUCCACAGAUCUAAGAAUAAUAAUGUAAAAUUUCGACAUGGACAGAUGGAUAUUUUCUGCAUAAAGGCUGUCUCACUGGGAGACUUGGAGAAAGUUCUGAUUAGCCAUGAUGGAGCUGGUCCAGGCAAUGGAUGGUUCCUGGAUAAGAUUGUCAUCAAACAUAAAGAAGGAAAGGAAGAUCAGGAGGUUGUAUUUCCUUGCAAUAGAUGGUUAGAUGAAUAUCAAGAUGAUGGGAAAACUGAGAGGGAACUAACUGCCGAUAAGGAUGGCGGUUCAAUGAAGGCAUUUCUUAAAGCACAACUGUGGAGAGUGCAGGUUAAAACAGAUGGAGAUUCCCCAAAGCCACAAGAGUGUAAAAGGACCCUUGUGAUUUAUGGCUCAAAGGGCAAAAGUGAUGAGCUGCUGCUUUCUCCUCAAACCCCAGGAUAUGUGUGCUUUCUACCCAGAGCAACCGAUGAAUUCAUUGUUGAGACUGGAGAUCUGGGAGAUGUAUACAAGAUUCGAGUCAGCUGUGAUGGUGUGCCAUGCUUUGAGGGUUGGCAUUUGAAGACUUUUCACUUAGAAGAGCUACAUACAAAACAAGAACUGAACUUUGACUGUAACUGCUGGCUCUCUCUUAACAGAGAAGACCAGGAGCUAGUGAAAGAGUUCCCUGCAGCCAGUAAGGACCAGAAAACUUUACCAGUUUAUAAGUAUGUUGUCUCUGUACAUAUUGGUGAUCGCUGGGGAGCAGAAACUUUUUCAAAUGUUUAUAUCAGUCUCUAUGGCAAAAGAGGGGACACAGGUGUGAGGAAACUUCAUACAUCUUUAGCAAAAGGAAGAAAAUUCCAAAGGAAUAAGGUGGAUUCAUUUUUGGUGGAAGCUGUUUCUCUGAGUCAUUUGCAGAAAGUGGUCAUAGGACAUGAUGGAGAAGGCUACGGGGCUGGCAUGUACCUCAAGAUGGUAACAGUCAAGGAAUCACGAGACUCAGACAAAGAAUGGGUCUUCCCAUUGUGGAACUGGCUUGAUACUCAUUUGGGAUUAUGUGAGACUGUUUGUGAGAUUGUGACAAUUGGUAGAAGAUUGACUUCCAGUCCUAAACUGCCUGAAAUCAACAUGAAGUCAUUAGGUUUCUGGAUAAUGAAUAUCACUGGAUCUGACUUGAGCAAUGAAGAGGAUCCAAUAUCCCUUUCUUUUAUCUUCUAUGGCAACCUGAGUCACAAAAAAUUGCUGCUUCAAGUUCCAGGAAAAGCAAUUCAGAUCAAAGAUGAACUGGCAGAUAUUGGCUCAAUAUACAAAGUUCAGAUAACUGGCCCGCAUAGCAUGCUAAACCAGCCAUGGCACUUGGAUUUACUGCAUAUGAAGCACACAGGCACAAAGGAAGAAAUGUAUUUAGCUUUUGACUGCUGGUUCAACCCUAAUGAAGAGAAAUGUGUGGAGCUGCCAGCUCUCUAUGCAGAUCAGGAUCCUUUGCCUGUUGUGGAAUAUGCAGUCCAUUUGCACACGGGAGACUUGAAGAAAGCAGAUGCAACUGGUGAGGCCUAUCUUUGUAUGCAAGGAGAUAAGAGCAAUUCGGGGAAACGAUGGCUUAACUCAAGAAACAGCUUGAUCACUUUUGCUAGAGGGCAGGUGGAUAUUUUCAAAAUCAAAGCGGUAAAUCUCGGCAAGCUGAACCAAGUUCUUGUUGGAUUUAAGAGUUUAAAAAAAGAUGAGUGGUUCCUGGAAAAAAUUGUUAUAAAAGAAGUGCUCUACCCUUUUUCUGCACAUGUUUUUGUUCACAAUGACUGGAUAAAUAAACACUCCAAGAAAGAUUUUGUAGAAGUGGCGAUUCCACUCAGAGGUAAUUCAGCAGAAAUGUCCUUCCUUUGCAUGAAUCACUACUGCAUCACAGAGCAGAACGGAACCAGUACAAGGCUACUCCACAAUGUAGGCAGAACUGAGCAUUGGUACCCCAAAACAUCUGUGGCACCUCUUCUCACAACAAAUUUUGAUACUAAAAGCAGGGGACGAUGGCAAACAUGGGUACACUGUACACAAGUACCAGAAAAUGUUCCUGAUAUUCAAGUUGCAGUAUUUGGAAGAAAAGGGAAAUCCCCUGCACGGAAAGUUCAGAAUCUGAAUGAUAAUCCAUUUUUGUUGACUGUUGGUUAUAUUGGAGAUAUAACAAAAGUGUCCUUUGUGUUAUCUGGUCCGUGCUUGGAAAGAGGAAUUAAACUUCAUAAGCUUCUGCUGAAAGACCUGGACACUAAACAAGAGUUGGUCUUUCACAGUGAAGCCCGGUAUCUGUUUGGAGAAGAUGGAUCUGAAACUGUGACAGAACUAGCAGCAGUCAGACCAGACAAGGCACCACUCAGGGAAGUUCUUUACUCGAUCAGUGUUCAUACGGGAACAUUGCCUGCAUCAGGGACUGAUGCAGAUGUAUUUAUCACAGUAUUUGGAGAACAGGGAGACUCCUGCAAAAGGAGACUAAGACAGACGAAUUUUGAAAGUGGACAGGUUUGUAUCUCUGAAAUGAGAGCAGUAGACCUUGGACAGUUAAGCAGAGUGCUUGUUGAGCACCAUGAUGUGGGUUAUGGAGCUGGAUGGUACCUGGACCAAAUUGUCAUCCGUGAAUCAGGCAAGACUGAUAGCGAAUAUGCAUUUCUUUGCCAGCAAUGGUUAGACAGUGGAGUUGGUGAUGCACAGAUGGAACGAAUGCUGAAACUUCUCGGAAAAGUCAGGAAUGGGAAGAUGACAGGAAAGAUUUAUGGGUCUUGGGAUGUCCUUGUCACAACUAGUGAUAUUUUCUCUAGUUCCAUGAAUCCUAAAAUGUCUCUAAGUGUAUGUGGUGGAAAAGGUAUCCGUACUUCAGUCAUAUUCCCCAAAGGAUCCCUUAAAAAUGGGCAGAUUUAUGAAACUUCAAUUGAACUAAAUAAGAAAUUCAAUACUAUAUUCAAAGUUCGCUUAGAAAUUGAAGAAGCUGGAGAGGGAGAGACUUGGUAUUGCCGUGAGGUAAAGCUUCGACACAGAGAAAGUAAAAAUGUUCUUGAAUUUCCAUUUUGUCGCAACUUUGCAGAUGAAGAAGGAAGAAGAGUGGCUGAGCUUCCAGUUCUCACAGCUGGCUCUCCUUUUCCAGCAGUAAAAAGCUAUGUUCUCUAUAUCAUAACGGGAGCACCCCCUGGGUCAGGAACUGAUGCUGAUGUGUAUGUCAUGCUGCAAGGCCUUUUGGGAGAUACUGGCAGAAGAAAGUUCAUCAGAAAAGGAGAUGAUAAUUUCACUGAAGGAAAGGUGGAUAUUUUUCAAAUGGAAGCAGUUGAUGUUGGGACUUUGCAAGAGGUAGUGGUCGAAAAAGGGAAAGGCUCUGACUGGCUUCUGGAGAAGAUUAUUGUGAAAGCGCCAGCAGCUUCAGGGGCAGAAACAUUGUUUAUGGCUCAAACAUGGCUAAAAGACAGACGCGAUGGAAAAAGAUUUGCCUCAGUAACUCUGAAUGUCACAGAAAUUCAGGAGAGAAAGAGCACUUCUGCCAGGCCUUUAGGAAAAGAGCAAAUGACUUCAGAAGGCAGAUGGAGGAUUUAUUUCACAAAACAUCAAGAAGAAAUACAUACAGACUUUGAAAAGUUGUCAGAAAAUUUAUCCAAGUUGGUUAUGGUUUUUUAUGGAAGCAACGGCAAGUCGAAUCUGGUUUCCAUGGAAAACAAAGUGGAACAUCAGGCUAAGAACCAAAUAAUAUAUGAUAUACACUUAUCAUCUGAUUUGGGAACACUUUAUAAAGUGAGACUUGGUCUCCAGAGUUUGGAAAACAGCAUAUCCCAGUUGUCUCCUUGUUACUUUAAAAUGCAGAACACAUCAACCCUGGAUACCUUUCGUCUCACCAUAAAUAAAACACUUCCUCUUUCUUUUAAUGGAGACAGAUGGAUUGAAUUCCCUGUAGAGUGGCCAUUAAAAGAAGCACUUUCUGUGGUUACAUAUCAUCUCACAGUAUUUUCUAGAAAUAUUUUAAGUGAGAGAAAUUUGGUACAUAUGACUGCAUGUAUAUAUGGUACUCAUGGCGACACUGGGGACAGAUCCCUCCUCUGGUCUUUGCAGAAUGUCCAGCAGGGAGAGGACAAUGAGUCAUUUCUAGUUACCGUGGAUGCUGUUGAGUUGGGAGAACUGAAUAAAGUUGUUCUUCUCGUCAGCAGUAAAACAGACUGCGAACUGGACAUUAAAAAGUUGCAUUUGAAAGAAGCUGCAAAGGAACAUCCGAUCUAUGUAUUUGAAGUGAAUGAAGCUCUCUUUGUGGAUGCAAAUAAGGCAGAAAUACUGAGAGAAAUCCCAGUAACUUUUAUUAUUGGAGAAGGCAAACAAAAGAAUGACAGAGAUAGCAACUUACAUAAAGACGGAAGUCAAGCAAGCAAUCUGACAGACUAUACUAUUAAAGUAUACACAGGUGACAAAAGAGGAGCAGGGACUGAUGCCAAUGUGCAUAUUAUGUUGUUUGGGAAUGAGGACAAAUCUGAGGUAUUUCAACUCUCUCAGUCACUGGAGCAUCAAGACCCCUUUGAAAGAGGAAAGGUUGAUACGUACAAGAUUAAGACAAAAAACUUGGGCACCUACAUUCAAUUGAAAUUGGUCACAAUGGGAAAGGAUUUGCAAGUGGAUGGUUUCUGGAAAAAGUAGAAAUAACAGAUGCAUCUAGGAAUUCAGUGUACUGCUUCAAUUGUAACAGGUGGCUUGCUGAGGAUGAAAGUGAUGGCCGCACCACAGUGCAACUUUAUCCACAGCUGCUUGAUUUCUG